AUGUCUGCCGAGAGACUUCGCCGAGGAGGGAAGGUUUUCCAACCCGGUCGCAAGCCAACUCCCGAUGAUGACUAUAACUCAACAGCUCUCAAGGAAGGUGCCUUGAACAUGAUUCGCGUCCUUAAAGCGCUCAAUGAUGCUACCGCUAAUAGGACGGCCCAAGCCACCGAGACAUCCAAGGACUCAUUAGAUGCUCCCCCGACAACUGAGGAAACGCCGGCCACUGAUGAUACACCCGAGCAGCCAUCACAGCAGUCAGACGAGACUUCUACCUCAGAGCCCGAAACAACAGCGAUUGAGCAGAUAGCCGAACCGAUGGAAGAAGCGCAAGCCUCUGAAGUCGUAACUAAGUUAAAUGCAGACUCAAAUAGACCUGAGAAGAAGAGAAAGAAAAAGAUCACUUCUCCUGCUUCCUCUACGAUUCCAGUGCCUACACCACCAUCAGAGGAUAAGAACUCCAGUGAUGCCCCCCCAGCCUCCCACUGCUGA